AUGCAGCAAAUAAUUGCCUUUGGUGCUGCAAGAGACGCCUUCGAGACGCAAGACGCCUACGUGCUCGUAACGGAGCUCGUGCAGGGCGCCGAGCUGUACGACGACCUGGUGGAGCACGGCGUCUUCGGCGAGCAGCGCGCGAAGGCGCUCGUGCGCGAGCUGGCUGUGGCGCUGCAGUACCUGCACUCGAAGCACGUGACGGGCAUGCGCCUCAUCGACUUCGGACAGUCCUUCCGGCUGCACGACGCGCGCCGCAAGGUGGACGCCUGCACGACGGCGUACGCGUCGCCGGAGUUCAUCGAGCACCGCGAGUCCAGCUGCGCCAUGGACGUGUGGGCGCUGGGCGUCGUGCUGUACAUUGUGCUCUGCGGCCUGCACCCGUUCGACCCGACGGACGACGCCAGCGACGAGGAGCUGCAGCGGCGAAUCCUCAAGGGCGACUUCGACCGCGAGUCGGCCGGCUGGGCCUGCAUGUCGGACAGCGCGCGGGGCCUCGUGUGCCGCAUGCUCAACGUGGACCCGGAGCAGCGCAUCAGCGCCGCGCAGGUGCUCGAGCACGAGUGGCUCAACAGUGCGUGA